CCGUCCUCCUUCCUGCCCUCUUGGCCACAGCCACCCUCAACCGACAGUCGUGUGUCAGACAAUUACAUCACGAUGACUCUCCCUUCAGACCCGACUACCCAGACAAACUGGCAAGAUGUCGCCUCCGAGCACGUCGACUUUGAUUGGGCCGUCGAUUUUGACAAGCAGACCCUCUCCGGCUCCGUCACCCAUACCCUUGUAUGGAAGAAGGCCGAUGUCCGCGAGGUCAUUUUCGACACCCAGCAUCUGGACGUCCAGAAGGUCAUCGUAGAGGAUCGGCCCGGGAAUUUCUCCCUUGGUGCAGAACACAAAGUGAUGGGCACGCCGCUCAAGGUGCUCUUGCCGUCCAAUCGCGCCGUGGGAGACAAGACCCGCGUACAGAUCUUCUACAGCACCACCAAGGACUGCGAUGCGCUGCAAUGGCUCGAAAAGGAACAGACACAGGGAAAGAAAUUCCCGUUCGUGUUCAGCCAGUGCCAGCCCAUCUACGCUCGUAGCAUUGCACCGCUGCAGGACUCUCCCUCCGUGAAGAUUACCUACACUGCAAAAAUCCAAUCUGUCCUCCCGGCCCUUCUCUCGGCCAUUCGCGUCUCGCCCCCGUCCAACGGGCCCGCGCACGACGGCAAGGAAAUCGGAAAGGACGCCGUCACGUACGAGUACAAACAGCCUGUGCCCAUUCCGUCGUACCUCAUCGCCAUCGCCGUAGGCAACUUCCGCUACCGGGCUCUCCCUGCGGUCGAGGGUAAGGAGUGGACGACUGGCGCCUGGGCCGAGCCCGAGCUCAUUGAUGCAACCUACUGGGAGUUCAGUCAGGAUGUCGGGAGGUUCUUGUCGACGGCUGAGAAAAUCCUGCCGCCAUACCGGUUUGGCGUGUUCGAUGUUCUUGUCCUCCCACCCUCGUUCCCUUACGGCGGAAUGGAGAACGCAUGUCUGACCUUCCUUACGCCUUCGCUCCUGGUUGGCGACCGUACUUUGGUCGACGUUGUUGUGCACGAGCUUACCCACUCCUGGUUCGGCAACGGCGUCACCCAAGCGAACUCGACACACUUCUGGCUCAACGAGGGCUGGACGACAUACAUCGAGCGCGUGCUCCUCCAGCUCCUGCACACGCCCGCCGACCGCGGCUUCUCCUUCCUCAUCGGCUCCAAAUCCCUGCAGGACGCGCUCAAGCAGUACGAGAAGAAGCCGAAGUACCAGCGGCUCGUGAUCGACUUCGACGUCGGCGAGGACCCGGACGACGCGUACAGCACGGUGCCGUACGAGAAGGGCGCGAACUUCCUGCUGCACCUGGAGCGCAUGCUCGGGGGGCUCGAUGAGUUCUUGCCGUACAUCCACGACUAUGUGAGCACGUAUAUGGGGAAGAGCAUCACGACGGAGGACUGGAAGGCGCAUUUGUAUGCGUAUUGGGAGAAGCAUGGUGGGGAGGAGAAGAUCAAGGCGCUCAACAGCGUCAAGUGGGAUGAAUGGUUGUACGGCGAGGGCCUCAAGCUGCCCGUCGAGAUGAUCUACGACACUGCCCUCGCACGUGAGGCCUUCGCGCUAGCCGAGCGGUGGGAUGCCUCCCGGAAGGAGGUUGACGUCUCCAAGCUCAACUUCACGGAGGCCGACAUCUCCACCUUCAACGCUAACCAGAGCAUCGUCUUCCUCGAGCGCCUCCAAUCAUACGCCGCGCUUCCGCACACGCACAUCCAGCACCUCGGCACGCUGUAUGGCUUCCUCGGCACCCCCAACGCAGAGCUGCGCUGGCGCUUCUACGAGGUCGCGCUGCUUGACCCUGUGUCGCCCGCGGCGCAGCAGUUCGCAGCCCCCGCGGCGCAGUGGAUCGUCGGCACGGACGGGACGGGCAUCGUGCGCGGGCGCAUGAAGUUCUGCCGGCCGCUGUUCCGCGCGGUCGCAAGGGCGGACAAGAAGCUCGCGGUGGAGGUGUUUACGGAGCAUCGGUUGGCGUUCCACCCGAUUGCGCAGCGGUUGAUCGAGAAGGACCUUGGACUUGUGUGAGCGAAACCGGGAAAGACAAUUGCAGAUGUCACGUUUGUAUCAAUAUGGUACAUGUUGUAUGUACGAACAAUCUGAAUCGACAGCGGGACGCCACUGUGCCUCUUCAUCCCCGCGAAGCC